UAUUUUUGAAAUUAAAUUCUAACGGAAAUGGAGAUGGAUGAUGAUGAAUACUACUACUAUCGGUGGUAUAAUAGGUAUACAGGGGAGCUAACAGAUAUUCACGAAUGAAGCUCUUAUCGAGAAAGAUCAGAAGACAGCAAAUGCUUAAAGAGUCAAAAAUUUAUUAAAAGAAAUGGGAGUGUUAAUAAUUGGAUUAACAAAGAGUAUUAUGAUUGACAUUACUCAAGAUCAAGUAGCAAGACUUCAUUUAAGGACAUUAAAAUGAUACUUUCCAAGUCUCCUCAUGAGAGAUCAAGACAAAUCAGCCCUGAGAUUAAGGAGACAAUAUCAGUGAACAUUCAUAAUAACCCAGAGAGGUACUUAUGAGUGUGCAGUAGUAAUUGUGGUGAAAGCGAUCUGCUUGUAGAGAAUCUUAGCAAAGGCUCUUUUCAAUCCUACACUUCCUCCUGAAAAGUUUCUGAAUGCCAGGAACGUAUCAUAACUGAAAUCUCGAGUAAUGUCUGUCAUCCUUCAAAAGAAAGAGUGGAAAUCUUGAGGGUUGAGAUGGAACCUCCAAUGAAAAAGUUAAAUUUAUCACCGCUACUAGAGCAAAGAGAUACUGAUUCAGCUCCUGAAUCUAUGAAAUCAUCAAUUGUGUCAGACUCGUGGACUGAAGAAAGCAUCGAUACUCCUAAGAUAAGUAGUAGAAUCGUUGAGAUUUGAAGCACAUCUAGUGAUAGAAAUCAUGGAGGAAUAGUGACAAUGUCAUCUAGGAACUCGAAAGUAUAAGCGAGUCAACCUGAAGAAAGUUAAGUCCAGGAGCUGUUAAAAUUAAGCCAAAAGUGUUAUCUCAGAAGGAAAAUGUAGAUAAUGUUCAGCAGUCUCAAAGAAGAAGUACUAUGAUGCCUAAGCAGUCAAAAAUUAAAGGAGCUGAAUCAAAGCCUAUAAAAUUGAUCAAAACUCCAAGAAAACAAUUCUUUAGAGGAGAAUCUAGGGAGAAGAUUCCUAGAAGGAGAUACUUACAGAAUGUCACAAACAAAGAGAAUAGAAUGAAUUAGUUCUUUUAUACCAAGCUGUUUUCUCUUUUGUGAAUAUUGCCCAGCAUUUAUCUUUGCUGGCUUCUUGUGAUACUAAAUUCAUAUACAGAGCAAAGUUCUACGGCAUAAAUA